AUGCACAUAAAUUUAUAUGAAUUCACUAUACCAGCAACUGCAGAGCCCGGCACAAUUAUUGGCCAGGUUCAUGCUUUUGAUCAAGACAUUACUUCUCCAAAUAAUAAAUUAUUUUAUUACAUUAUUCCAAAAAAGAAUAAUUCCUCAAUUAACUCCAUCAAUGCGGAACAAUUUUUUUCUUUAAAUUCCCAAACUGGACAAUUAAAAACAAUUUCAAAUUUAAAAAAUUUUGCUGGAAGAAUUUUAAGAUUUAGAAUUCAAGUUGUGGAUGGAGGUGUUGAUGGAAAUAAAUUAAAUAGUACAGCUGAAAUAGCUGUACACUUGGAGGGAAUUAGAAGGCAUGAAGAAAAGAAAGUGUUACCAACAACAACAACAAUAUCUUGGCAAGGAGUUGAAGAGGUAGAUGAGGAAGAAGAAGAUGAGGAAAAUGAAGAAGAGAAGGAAAAACAACAAGAAGAACAAUUAAAAGAAAACCAACAAAAUAAUAAUAAAUUAUUUUCUUCUACAGAAAAAACAACAAAAAAAUAUUUAAAAACAACAAUAGAAGAAUCAAAUAUUGAAAAUAAAAAUACUUCUAUUUCUUCUUCAACUUCUCCAAAUCAUCAAAACAAAAUUAAAUUUUCGAGUCAUUAUUUUAAUUCUUCAAUAAUGGAAGGAACUCGCCCGCCUGUUUUUCUUACAAUUUUACCUGUUAUUAAUAAACCGAGUGAUACUCGUUUUACAAUUUGUGCAAUUAGAACAGGAAAUUUAAGAGGGGCAUUUAGUGUUGCUCAAAAUGGUGAAGGAAAUUGUGAAUUAAGAACACAAAUGCAACUUGACCGUGAAGCUAUUCCAAAUUAUUUAUUAAAUAUUACUGUCGAAAAUGGAGGUCAACAAGAUUGGACAUUGGCUAAUAUUUCUGUUUUGGAUGUUAAUGACAAUAAACCAAAAUUUGUUUUUAAUAAAAUUGGAGGAGAAAGAAAAAAUGAAAAGUUGGGGACUGAAGAAAGCUUUUUUGCUGUUUUGCCUAUUGAAACAAUGGCUAAUCAACGAUUUUAUAAAAUAACUGCAGAGGACGGAGAUGAACCUGGAAAUGGAAAUAGUUUAAUUAAUUAUUCAAUUGAUACUGAAGAGGCAACACAAGGUGAAGCAGGGAAUUUAUUUGGUAUUGAUCCACAAAGUGGAGAGUUAUGGCCAAAGAAGGGGGCUGACGAAUUGGCACAAAUUUCGAAGAAAAACUUUUUUAGGAUUACGGUAAUUUUUGAAAAUUUAAGAAUAAAAUAAUUAAUUAGGUAAUUGCUUGUGACAACCCUGGAGAACAAAAAAGACGUCUUUGUUCACGUGCCACUGUCUCAAUUUCCAUAUUAGAUGAUCGGCAUAGAUUUGUCUUAAUUUU